UGUGUAAUGUUUUGGUUCGGGAGCUAGCUCAGCAGCUAACACGCUCAUAGGGGAAGAAGAAGGAGCGACCACGCUCCUAAAUCUACAUCUUUAAGCGUUACAGGGGGUUCGAUGGGAGUCGACCAGACGGAACCGGAGGUGCCGGAGGAUGCGGUGGGCAGGCGGGUGUCCUGCGGCGGGGAGCGGGCCACGGUGCGGUACGUGGGUCCGGUACCACCCACAGCAGGGCUGUGGCUCGGCGUGGAGUGGGAUGACCCCGGCAGAGGGAAGCAUGACGGCAGCCACGAGGGAGUCCAGUAUUUUACAUGCAGUCACAUUAAAGGAGGCUCCUUCGUCCGCCCGGCGAAGGCGAGCUUUGGCGUGGACUACCUGGCCGCUGUGCGACAGGUGUACCAGGUCGACACAGAGGAGGUGCUGAGUGAGGAGAUCUCCAUCUCCGACAAGAAGCUGAAGUGGUGGUGUGUCGAGGAGCGCAGUUAUGAGAGUCUUCCGUCAGUGAUACUGAGUCGCUGUGAGGUGAACGGCCCCGGAGACGAUGGAGAAAUCAAGAAAACAACACCCAACGUCCAGUGGUUGGACAUGAGUGGGACUCUGCUGUCCUGCUGGGAGGACGUGGCCGCCGUCACGCAGCAGCUGGAGAGACUGGAGGGACUACAGCUCAGCAACAACAGACUGCGUUUGACCUCUGACCCCUCGACUCACUGCCAGGCUUUCUCCAACAUCAAAGUCCUGGCUCUGAACAGCUGUUACCUCACCUGGCCACAGAUCCUGCACUGCGCCCCCAUGUGGCCUCAGCUGGAGGAUCUGUGUGUGGAGGAGAACAACAUCACAGAGCUGCAGAGGCCGGAGGACGUCCUGCAGUCCCUGAAGAGUCUCAGUCUGUCCUCUAAUCCUUUAGUCCAGGAGAGCGUGCUCAGUCUCUCUGCUCUGCCCAGACUGGAGCAGCUGAACUUGUCCAACACCGGACUGUCCGUCAUUCGCUUUGACGACGCUGCACCUGGAGCUCCGACAGAAAUGUUUCCCGCUCUGAAGAAACUCAGCCUGGACCGCAACAACAUCACUGAGUGGUGUGUGGUGGACGAGCUAGCCAAACUUCGUAGUCUGGUUCAGUUUUCGUGUCGUGGUAACCGACUGACGAGCAGCGACCGAAACCCCAAAACAGCCAAUCAGAUACUGAUCGCCAAACUGGGACGACUGGUCCUCCUCAACAGCUGUGAGAUACAACCUGAGGACAGGAAGGGGGCGGAGCUGGACUACAUCAAGAUGUUUGGAGAGGAGUGGCUGAAGGCAGGGGGGCGGAGUCAGCCCAGUGCCCAGUUCAUCAGUCAGCACCCUCGUUACCAGACCCUCAUCGACAAGUACGGAGCUCCAGAGGAAGGAGAGCUGAAGAAGCCGGAGCCGUUCGCCCUGAAAAAUCAGCUGUUAAAGAUCACGUUUGUGUUUCCUGAUGCCGGCGAGCGGAAGCCGAUCGAGAAGAAGCUUCCAGCCACCAUGGAGGUUCAGAAGGUGAAGGGACUCCUGUACCGACUGCUGAAGGUCCCUGUGGCAGAUCUGAAGCUCACCUACACCAGCCCCAAGAUGGUGGGGACAGAGUUUGAAAUUGACAGCGACCUGAAGACUCUACAGUUUUACUCCAUAGAGGACGGAAACCAGGUGCUGGUCCGCUGGUCCUGACCCGGUCCAGGAGGUUGAAGAACCAAGUCCGGUCCCACAGCAGAGACAGAACUUCAGCUGUUUCUGUGUCAGACGGACACACAGCAGCAGUCUGUGGAUGGUUUCUAUCACAGGACGGUCACACGGACACUGAGGUGGAUUUACGAACAGACUGGAUUUGCUGAGACAUUGUUUCAGACAUUAAACUGAAGACAGAGUAAAAACCACCCAGAGUAACCCACGGCAACGCAUGAAUCACAGGCUGAAAUCUACAGCUGAACCAACAAGUUGACAGAUUUAAAUAAUCAACAUCUUUACCUUCGGCUUUGGUUUGACCAUUAAUUGAGUAAUGUGUAACAAACUGUGUUGGACAAAUAUAAUCUUAUAAUAUGUUUCCA